GCACAAUUCGUCCCUCAUAACUUGAAGGCGCUAGUGUUAGUGGGUCGUGAAUAGAAGUAUUUUUACUGUCUGCAAUCAAGCGUAUUGAUAAUUCUGACCAUUACCGUUAUUUUUGUUCUUCGAGGAAAGAUUCUAGAAAAACUUGAUGUCGGUAUUAUUCAUUUUUGUUGUAUCGCAAGUUGAGGUAUAUCUCUCUGUUUUUGCUAUUUUUCAGUCAUACACCAUGUUCUCGGUUGUUGAUCGCAUGGUGAUAAUUAUAGCACAUGUACAAAAUUCCGUUGUUCAGAAUGUUUUGUAGUUCAUUGAUUUGGAAGCAAGCAAUGAUAUACAUCCAGAUUCUCAUCGGCGAGUUGGUUGUGUUUUUCUGAAGGUUUAAUAAACUCUCGGUUAUUAUAUGUUAGGUAUAAGCAGUUCUCUGACAGAUAGAAGUUUUGACACUUGUCCUUAAAGCAAAACUGUUUUUUAAUAGUGCUUUUGCACUCAUUUGACAAACGUACAUUAAAUAAGCCUAAACUCACCGUUUGUUAAGUGUGCUAGAACCUAGAAAAUAAGUCAGUUCACGUAUUCAACGGUCGCUUGACUGUGACUUUGAAGAGGUGUAAACUUCAUAUUUGAAGUUCACAAAGUAAUUGCAGUUUAGAACUGAAACCGUGGAUGACAUUUGUCAAGAUCAAUCUCAGUUAUAAGAAUGUAUUCAUCAUGUUCUACCCUGUAAGUCUGAAGUUUCGAAUAACCAUUUUGAGGAUUAUUUUGCAAUUUUUGUAGAAUAUUUCAGUGACACGAAACAUCUAGGUCAUUUAUAAGGUAUGAUGAUACCUCGGCACGUGGAUAAAUCAGAUGGUAGUGUGUGUUAAAGACGGGUGUUUAGACCUGUCCUUGGUAAACAGGUAAUGUCGGUUAUUUGGUUAAUUAAGACAAAAGUACACCUAAUUGGAGUUCAUCAGUAGCUUUUAAUUUUUUGAUUAAAUCCCUGACGACCCGUUGCUUUCUGUUAAGAUAUCUCUUAUUAUGAACCAGCUAUUCUUAUUGUUUAGUAUUCAUUCGACAUUCCACAUAACUCGAUUAAUUCCCGAGUCAGGAUAUGAUGUAACAGGAACGUAAUCAAAUUCCCAAAACUAUGGUUUGGUAAAAGUGAGAAUCACAAUAAAUAGUACAGUUCAAAAGAAGAGAAUAAACCCUAGAAACAAUUAGUAUGAAAUGAUGGUAAAACUCACUAUUCGUUGGAAGACGAAAAAUGAAUAGAUCUGUGCAGCUACAGACAAAUGAAAACUAUAUUUCUUGAUUACUUCAAUCAUGUGUUGCUAUUACUUCGUGAACUUCAUGAAAAUUACGACGUACACUACAACCAUCAUAUAUUAAUGCGUUGAUUAGCCUUAUAUUCUAAUCAUUUCAUAUGAAUCGUUGAAGUUACUUUCCAUUACUUUAACAACGAACUUAAAAAUACCCUAUUUGUAGUAUUCAAAAUUUAUUAAAUAUUUAUUUGAGUAGGUAGAUUCUUGAUCUAGGUUUUAUUGCUUUUCUCACUGUUUCUGUUGCAUUUCGCUUUCUUAAAGGUGGUUUCAGAGGGAACUGUUUGGUUGAUCCACUGACACGAUUAUUCUUUAGGACAGCAUGCGCAGAAGGGUUUUGCAUCAUUUAUUCUGGCGAAAAAAUAAACUGUUGCCUCUGGGAUUAGUGUGUUUUGGACUCCUAUUCAUUAUGUGGAUAAACAUAGAUAAACUUGACAAUGAAAGUAAUCAAAUCUUACCACGUGCACCAAGUCGUAAUCAAUUAAAAUAUCAAGAUGAGUCUCAUAAGAAUAAUUCACUUACUGAGAAUCGUCUAAAGAUACCUCAAUUUCCGAACGCUCGUCCACAUCCUCCGAUCGACAAAGAUUUGGGUCAUGAGAAUGAGAAACGCCGAUCUGUCGAUGACGAACACGGUGAAAAUCGUUUGCCUGAUAUUGUGCCGCCUGUUAAUGAGGAAAAUAAUGUUCUUGUGCAACCUGACUACAAGGAAAAGUCUGGAAUUAUCGGCGGUCAUGAACCUGUUGAAAGCAGUCGUUCAGAUAAACUAUCAGCUAUAGCCAAGUUAGGGUUAUCUCCUAGUUCUCCUCCUCCAAAAAGUGACGAAUACUCAACAGGUCCAGGUGAAGGUGGUAAAGCAUAUACAAUAAAGCGUGAAGACUUAUCACCAGCUGAACAGUUAAUAUUCGAUAAGGGUUGGGAAGAUAAUGCCUAUAAUCAAUAUGCUAGCGAUCAAAUUAGUGUGAGACGAUAUUUACCAGACUAUAGAGAAGGAACGUGUAAAGUCGAUAAAUAUGGAAGCAAUCUGCCCUCAGCAUCAAUUAUAAUUUGUUUUCAUAAUGAAGCUUGGUCAGUAUUAUUACGUUCAGUACAUUCGGUGAUAGAUCGAUCUCCACCAAAUUUGUUAAAGGAAAUUAUACUUGUUGACGAUUUCUCUGAUCGUCCUCAUCUUAGAGAAGCACUAGAAGAAUAUAUGGGAAUGUUAAAUAUUGUCAAAAUUGUUCGUACUAAACGACGUGAAGGAUUGAUUAGAGCAAGAAUGAUUGGUGCAGAACACAGUACUGGGAAAGUGCUCGUGUUUCUAGAUUCUCAUAUUGAAUGUACCACAGGUUGGCUUGAACCCCUUUUAGAUCGUAUUGCUUACAAUUCGUCAAUUGUUGUUGUUCCCGUAAUAUCGACUAUAAGUGAUAAAACGUUGAAGUAUAAUUUUCUUAAGGCGGCUCAUGUUCAAGUUGGUGGAUUUGAUUGGAGCUUAACAUUCCGAUGGCAUGAACAAACUGAACGUGACAAAAAUCGACCUGGUGCACCAUAUUCACCUGUUAGAUCACCAACCAUGGCAGGUGGUUUAUUUGCUAUAAGUCGUGAGUAUUUUAAUCAUCUUGGGAAGUAUGAUUCUGGUAUGGAAAUAUGGGGAGGUGAAAAUUUGGAACUGUCAUUCAAAGUUUGGAUGUGUGGUGGUAGUUUAGAAACUGUCGUGUGCAGUCUUGUUGGACAUAUUUUCCGUGGUCGUUCACCAUACAAAUGGAAUAUUAAUGUGAAAGAUCCUUUGAAAAGAAAUCUACUCCGUUUGGCUGAUGUUUGGCUUGAUGAUUAUAAAAGAUUUUAUCAUGCACGUAUUGGAUUUAACACUAUUGAUUUUGGAGAUGUUUCAGAACGUAAAGCCUUAAGAGAAAAACUGAAAUGUCACUCAUUUGAUUGGUAUUUAACUAAUGUUUAUCCUGAAUUAUUUGUUCCUUCGAAAGCUUUGGCUUCUGGUGAUAUUGAAAGUGCUGCUGGUCCACACUGUUUGGAUUCACCGACUCCUCGUAGUGGAGAUAAAAAGCAAACUAUUAUCAAAAUAUGGCCAUGUCAUAAACAAGGUGGCAAUCAAUUUUGGUUAUUAUCACCUAACAAUGAAAUUCGACGUGAUGAUUUUUGUUUUGAUUCUGGUAUGAAAAACAAUACCAUUGGCUUAUAUCGUUGUCACGGUGGACAGGGUAAUCAAAAGUUUACUUAUGACGAAGACGAUACUAUUCGUCAUCAAGGACAAUGUUUAGAGAUCAAUAUUGAAAAAUCCAGUGUUCACCUUACCUCAUGUACUGGAUCGUUAAAGCAACAAUGGAAAUUUAAUCGCAAACCGUAUAUGCCAACCGCUAAAGAUUUUAAUCGAUUUUAAUAUUGACUGAACACAUUGGAAUAAUUACCAAUCUCUUAUUUCGUGUUCAACUACUUAAUGUGUAUAUAUAUCUAUUAACAUGUCUUUCCUUAGUAGAUGUACAAUCUGUUUGAACAAAUGUUUUGUGAAUAGAAUGGAAAGUACACAAAUAUUGUAUUAUGCUACCAAUUUAUUUUUUGUUUUUUUUUGUGUGUUUUCAAGAUCCGAUGUGUAAAUUGGUUAAGUCUACUAGUGAUAACAUAUCAUUCUCAUUUUUUUACAAAUUUGUUUAUCUGUGAUAACAAUUAUGUAAUAUUUAUAUGAAUAUGUGAAGAAUUACAAUCAAUAAAAUGAACAAACAAACAGCCAAGAUAGAUCACCAGUUUGAGUUCAAUUUUUUUUAUAUUCACUAAUGUGCCUUUCUCAUGGUGUUUGGUUAUUUCUCAUUAAUAAGAUUAAUGAUAUGUAAUUGAAUGUAUGAAUAAACAAUGCUCAAUAUUUUGUUUACUUGUUAUCUACCCCUCAACUUUAUGGUUGUUAUUCCAUAGAACGAUGGUUUGUUUUCAAAGUGUAUUUUAGUCUAUUUUUCAUUACAAAACUCUUUUGUUUCCGUUCACAACUAUUUUUCCCAUCCUAUGAAUUAUGAGGCUGUUGCACAAUCAUCUUUCACGUUCAUUUCAGAUACAUAUAUAUGUAUAUAUAUAUAUAUAUAUAAACAUGGAGAAAUGAUUGUAUUACCCUUGUUGUUGUUUUAUGUAUCAAAUUAAUUUAUUUCAUUUUAUUCUUUAUCCAUUAAAACAAACUGUAUGUAAGUGCCUAUUGAGAGUUGAGACGUGAAUUUCCCUUGAUGAUAGUCAUUAUUCUUUUGAGUUAUUUUAUAAACUUCUCUAGAGUAACCAAAAUCGUUAUGAAACAAUGUGACCAUGAUCUUAAGUUUUGUUUUACAUAUUUCGUUUUCUCUCGAAUUAAUUAUUUUAUAACUG